ACUACGGAAAUAAUGUACGUAACCUUUAACAAAGGGGGCGUGGCCUCCCGCUGCAUCUUCACGCUGCUGCCGCGCAGCUCAAUGCGGAAGACAAACACGGGCGGAGCUGGAUUCCUGACGAACUUCUCUAAUCCCGAGACGAGUUUCUAAAGUGUUUCCUGGGGUUUCCUCCCAGAGUGUCUGACCUGUCAAGUUAAAAACAAACGACCAUGUGGCCAAAUCAAGGACCUCAACCUCCCAUGGGCCCGCCAAACCCUGCCUACCCUCCUGGCUACAACCCUGCGUACCCUGCCGGACCCUCUCCAGGACUUUUUCCUCAACCUACAAACCCAGGGUUCCCACCUUGCCAAUAUCCAGCUGGUCAUAACCCAGCUAUGGUGCCGAAUGCACAUCCAGGGGCGAUGCCUUAUGGAGCUCCAGGACUUCAUCCUUAUCCUAUGGCUCCAGGUGGAUAUCCAGCAGUCCAUCCUGCAGGUGUUCACCCUGGUCCAUACCCACACUCUCCAAAAGGGGGUCACCACAAAGGCCACGACAAAGGCCACGACAAAGGCCACCACAAAGGCCACGACAAAGGUCAUCAUCAUGGAGGGAUGAAUCCCAUGGCUGGAGGAAUGGGAAUGGGAAUGGGAAUGGGAAUGGGGGCAGUUGGCCAGAAAGCCCACAAAAAGAAUAAGAAGAUGAAGAAAGCACAUAAAGUGCCCAAGCAUGGGCACCACAAACACGGCAAGUCUUCCAGCAGCAGCAGCAGCAGCAGCAGCAGCAGCAGUAGCAGUGACUAAGGCCAACAUUCAAGACAAGGCUUUUGCAGAAAUGCUGCUUUACAAAAGGACGGCCUCACUAUUAAUCAUAAACACACAAAAGUCAUAAUUAUUACUUUUAACAGGAUUUCUGGGAAAGUGCAGUGUAUUAUCAUAUCCAGUACGUGCUAUUUAUAACAAUAGAAAUGUAAGCAUAGGAAUUGAGCAUCUCCACAGGCCUGAUCUGUAUUGAUGUUUCACUAUGGCAUGAAUCUUUCUCUUUUUUUCUGUAUAAAAUAUUCUGUAGUUAUGGUGAAAGACUAUUGUGGAAACAUAUUGAAUAAUCUAAAGAGUGCUUGCAGCAAUGUGCCAAGAACUUUAUUAAUUUAUAGUAUAAUGAUUUUUGCGAAAUUUUCUUUCUUAAAUCAAGAGGGGGAGAUGAUACAGGUUUGAAUGCCUUUAUAUAGGCCUGGCUGAUUCUUUGUUGUUUUUUUGUUAUUUGUGUCAUGUGCAUGACAGCAGAAAUAACUUUGUAUUAUAACUGUAAUCGUACCUGUCAAUUAACCCUGCCAAAUAAACGGAUGUAAAUGAAAA